CGGCCGCUGGCUUGCUCGGCUCGCAACGCUGCAGAGGCUCCGAGGCGGCGGCGGCGCGGCGACUCCCUCUUUCCCUCCCUCCUUUUCCGUCCGUCCGUGCGUCUGUCCGUUCGGCCUCGGUCCGGCCCGCAGCAUGGCCGGCGUCAGCUUCAGCGGCCACCGCCUGGAGCUGCUGGCGGCGUACGAGGAGGUGAUUCGGGAGGAGAGCGCGGCCGACUGGGCUCUGUACACAUAUGAGGAUGGCUCAGAUGACCUCAAGCUUGCAGCGUCAGGAGAUGGGGGCUUGCAGGAGCUCUCUGGCCACUUUGAGAACCAGAAGGUGAUGUAUGGCUUCUGCAGCGUCAAGGACUCCCAGGCUGCUCUGCCGAAAUACGUGCUCAUCAACUGGGUUGGCGAAGAUGUGCCUGAUGCCCGCAAAUGUGCUUGUGCCAGCCACGUGGCUAAGGUGGCCGAGUUCUUCCAGGGCGUCGACGUGAUCGUGAACGCCAGCAGCGUGGAAGACAUAGAUGCGGGCGCCAUCGGGCAGCGGCUCUCCAACGGGCUGGCACGGCUUUCCAGCCCCGUGCUGCACCGACUGCGGCUACGUGAGGAUGAGAACGCCGAGCCGGUGGGCACCACCUAUCAGAAGACUGAUGCAGCUGUGGAGAUGAAGCGGAUUAACCGCGAGCAGUUCUGGGAGCAGGCCAAGAAGGAGGAGGAGCUGCGGAAGGAGGAGGAGCGGAAGAAGGCUCUGGAUGAGAGACUGAGGUUUGAGCAAGAGCGGAUGGAGCAGGAGCGGCAGGAGCAGGAGGAGCGGGAGCGGCGCUACCGGGAGCGGGAGCAGCAGAUCGAGGAGCACAGGAGGAAACAGCAGACUUUAGAAGCAGAGGAGGCCAAGAGGCGGUUGAAGGAGCAGUCUAUCUUUGGUGACCAGCGGGAUGAGGAGGAAGAGACCCAGAUGAAGAAGUCAGAAUCGGAGGUAGAGGAGGCAGCAGCCAUUAUUGCCCAGCGACCUGAUAACCCACGGGAGUUCUUUAAGCAGCAGGAAAGAGUCGCAUCGGCAUCCGCAGGCAGCUGUGAUGUGCCCUCACCCUUCAACCACCGACCAGGUCGUCCGUACUGCCCUUUCAUAAAGGCAUCGGACAGUGGGCCUUCCUCCUCCUCCUCUUCCUCCUCCUCCCCUCCACGGACUCCCUUUCCCUAUAUCACCUGUCACCGCACCCCAAACCUCUCUUCCUCCCUCCCAUGCAGCCACCUGGACAGCCACCGGAGGAUGGUGCCUACCCCCAUCCCUGCCCGGAGCCCAUCUGACUCCAGCAUGGCCUCUACCCCUGUCACUGAGCAGAUCGAGAGGGCCCUGGAUGAGGUCACAUCCUCGCAGCCUCCACCACUGCCACCACCACCCCCAGCAGCCCAAGAGACCCAGGAGCCCAGCCCCGGCCUGGAUAGUGAAGAGACCAGCAAGGAAGCCAGAGCAGCAGACCCUCAGGCCUGGGCCAGUCCCCUGGAGGAGUCCCCUCAGGCACCAGAGCCUCCCCAGGGCCAAGGCAGCCCCACGGAGGACUUGAUGUUCAUGGCGUCUACAGAGCAGGCAGUCCUGGCUGCCUCUCUAGAGCCUGCCAUGGCUGGAGCCUCUGCAGCUGACACCCCAGCAGCUGAUGCCAUUGAAACCGACACUGCCGCUGCUGACACCAGUGUUGCCAACACCAUCACCCCUGCCACUGCCAGCCUCAUUGACCUAUGGCCUGGCAAUGGGGAAGGGGCCUCCGUACCCCAGGCUGAGCCUAGGGCCCCCACACCACCCUCAGGUGCCGAAGUCACUCUGGCAGAAGUGCCCCUGCUGGACGAGGUGGCUCAGGAGCCACUGCCGCCGGCAGGUGAAGGCAGUGCCAACCUUCUCAGUUUUGAUGAGCUGCCUGAGCCACCAGCCACCUUCUGUGACCCAGGGGAGGAAGUAGAAGGGGAGCCCCUGGCUGCCCCCCAGGCUCCAACUCUGCCCUCAGCUCUAGAGGAGCUGGAUCAGGAGCCGGAGCCGGAGCUGGAGCCAGAGCCCCAGCUGCUGACCAAUGGCGAGACCACCCAGAAGGAGGGGACCCAGGCCAGUGAGGGGUAUUUCAGCCAAUCACAGGAGGAGGAGUUUGCCCAAUCGGAAGAGCUGUGUGCAAAGGCUCCGCCUCCUAUGUUCUACAACAAGCCUCCAGAAAUCGACAUCACCUGCUGGGAUGCAGACCCGGUACCGGAAGAGGAGGAGGGCUUUGAGGGUGGCGACUAGCGGUGAUGCUUGCCCUCAGGCUGCCCUCGCCAAGGCCGCCCACCUGCGCCGGCCUCUGCCCAGACGGCCCGCAGUGCCUGCACUUGCAGCAGCUCCGCCUGGCACC